GACGAUUUGGAACGCUAUCAACCACAUUACUUGAUUUCUGUUCCUUUAGUUUUUGAAACAUUGUACAGUGGGAUCAUGAAGCAGAUAUCUAAUAGUUCAGUUGUUAGAAAGCUUGUUGCACUAACAUUCAUAAGGAUCAGCAUAGCAUACAUGGAGUAUAAACGUAUCUAUGAGGUUUAGGCAUCUGUUCCUUUUGUCUGAUUUAGUGAUUGAUAGGCUACUGUUUUACUGUGAAAAGAGUAAUAGGAAAAAUACUAGCUAGAUUAUUCAAAUAUUGAUCAUUGACUGUUUUCUUUCAUUGAUAAUGAUU